UUUAGUAGAAAAAUUGAAAAUAAAAAGAGAUUACAUUUUGUUUUCCUUUAUCCCAUCGCUGGCUCACUCCGUCGACGGCUCCGGUUCUCUACUCCGAUCACCUCCGCCUCUUUCAGAUCCGAUUGCUCUCCUGAAACUUCAGCUUAGCGGAAAGUGAGUCUCUGGAGGAUGGGAGAUUGAAGAAGAAGAGAAAGUAGAUAUUUGCUGAUUCUGAGGAGGAGAUAAAGUUUUCUAUAAAAUGGCAGCUGUUAGUAAAGGAGAUAAGAAGGCAGCUGUAGAUGCUGCUGCGUGGAUGUUCAAUGUCGUCACUUCUGUUGGUAUCAUCAUUGUCAAUAAAGCUUUAAUGGCCACUUAUGGUUAUAGCUUUGCUACAACCUUAACCGGUUUACAUUUCGCUUUUACAACUCUGAUGACCAUUGUUCUAAGAUGUCUUGGUUACAUUCAGCCCUCACAUCUCCCCUUUACCGAGCUUCUGAGGUUUAUUCUCUUCGCAAACUUCUCCAUCGUUGGAAUGAACGUCAGCCUUAUGUGGAACUCUGUCGGUUUUUAUCAGAUUGCAAAGCUCAGCAUGAUUCCUGUAUCCUGCUUGUUGGAAAUGGUGUUAGAUAAGAUCCGUUACUCCAGAGACACUAAGCUUAGCAUAGGAUUGGUUCUUGUGGGUGUUGGUGUUUGCACUGUCACUGACGUUAGUGUGAAUAGCAAAGGCUUUGUAGCCGCUUUUGUUGCUGUGUGGAGUACUUCUCUGCAACAAUACUAUGUACAUUACCUUCAGCGCAAGUACUCGCUUAGCUCAUUCAACCUAUUGGGACAUACCGCUCCAGCCCAAGCUGCAACACUACUGGUUGUUGGUCCGUUUCUUGAUUAUUGGCUCACAGAAAAAAGAGUAGACAUGUACGAUUACAACUUGGUCUCUGUGCUGUUUAUAACCCUCUCGUGCACAAUAGCGAUUGGGACCAACCUAAGUCAGUUCAUCUGCAUCGGGAGAUUCACAGCGGUAUCGUUCCAAGUCCUGGGACACAUGAAGACGAUCCUGGUGCUGGUAAUGGGAUUCUUCUUCUUUGGUAGAGAAGGUCUAAACUUGCACGUGGUUAUUGGAAUGAUCAUUGCAGUACUUGGUAUGAUCUGGUACGGCAAUGCCUCUUCUAAGCCAGGUGGGAAAGAGAGACGAAGCUAUUCUCUUCCAACGACCCGUCAACAGAAACUUGGAGCUGCUUCUGAUUCUGACGACAACGAAGACAAAGCUUAGUAUUAGUAUCUAUGUAGUAAGUUCAGGACAAUCACAUAGUUUACAAUUUUGUUUUUGAGUUCCGUUUUCUUGCUGGGGUCGACGAACAAACGAUUUUUUAUAAAGAUGAUUGAGAAUU